AUGGACUUUUUGGUGGUCGUCGCAAACAAUGAUAUUGAAAAGGCACGGCAGUUUAUUCAAUCAGGCAUCGAUGUGAACAGCCAUAUCUUAUGGAACGCCAAAAACACUCACUCACCUGUACUGCCAACCGAUGCAUCAAGUCGACCUGAACUUCGAGAACAAAUACAAUCCAGCAAAGAAUAUCUCAGCCGACCCCUCAACAUUGCUGUGAUUGGUGGCCAUGCCGAUAUGGUGCGAUUAUUGCUAAGUGCUGGUGCUGAUAUCAAUUUAAAGGAUGGCAGAGGAAGGACAGCACUGGUGUGCGCUAUAUUUGGACUUGACGUCGACGUAGCCGACAUUAAUACCACCAAUUUGCCCCUGAUCUCACAGACACAUCCACACCAUGCCGACAUUAUGAAGAACAUCCUCCUUGUUCACCCAAAUCUUUACGUCACAACACUCGAUUCACCACAAUACGAUAUCAAAGGCAUCACCCCAUUAUGCCUGGCAAGCUAUCUUGGAAAGGAUGAGUUGAUCCAGCUACUGCUAGAAGAUGGUCGUGUCAAUGUCGAUGGCACUGACAGCAAAAGUGCUACUGCUUUGAUGUAUGCAGCACGCGAUGGCAAUUUGCCUAUUGUCAAGACACUUUUAAGUUACAACGCAUCUCCUGAUAUUACCGACGCGCAUGGUUGGUCAGCUAUUCAGUAUGCUGGUCGAAGUCCUUCCAUUGUUCAGCUCUAUGAGGAAGCAUUACGUUGCAAACGCACCGAUAUGACACAUUUAUAUGGAAGCAACAUGCAGUUAUCCAAAUAUCCCAUCAACUACACCAAAUUGUCAACAUUGCUGACAUCGAUUCCCGAAUACCCCUCGUCGCUUUCACACGUCAAAUUCGAUACGCUCAAAGAUAUCGAUCUUCUUGAUCCCAUGGGUGCACCCAUCAUCCAAAUCAUUCGAUCCGCUUUUCUGCAGGCAGUCAAAAGUCAUGAUCAUCAUACGUUGCAAACCUUGUUGCUAUGGUCACCACCCGUUUCACCUGAUCAACGCCCUCUUUCAGGCCCACUUUUAGUCAACUACCAUGAUCCAAAGACAGGUCUUACAGCGGUGCAUUAUGCCAUGCGUACAAAGCCACUUCCUUCCCUUGAUACCCUUAUCCUUUUAUAUCAAGCCGGUGCAGACAUCAACUCACAAACACUGCUCGGUCGUACAGCAUUGCAUCAUCUUGCACGUUUCGGUGUAGAUAAGGAUGGAAAGACUUGGGGCAUUCAAAAGAACAGCAAACAUGAUAGUAGUGGUGGUGGUGGUGGUGGAUCAUCAUCUUCCGCAGCCGCUGUCAAACUUCAUCGACCUGUACGCAUGAAUUCACUCUCAUCGCUGUCAUCACAACCUAUUGAAAGCAACGACAAUCGUUAUUCAUCCCAAAGUGCAGUAUCAUCAGCAUCGGGUUCAUCUUAUGGCAGCAAUGAUAUCAGUGAUCCAGUGGCAAGGCAUAUCAUGGCUGCACCUACUGUACCUCAGCAUCUUGCCAUGUGUGCUUCAUUAUUGAUCCGACUUGGCGCCUUGGUCAAUAUUGCUGACCCCAAUGGAAACACACCAUUGCAUUUUGCAGCUGAAUUUGGAGGUGUUCCAGAAGUAUUGGAAGCAUUGAUUGUGGAAGGAAAUGCUGAUGUGACCCUCAAGAACAAAAAAGGAAUGACACCACUUGACAUGUGCCGCACUGAGGAAAUCAGGAACAGGAUUUUAGCAUUGGAGCAUGAACGCAAGACCAAGUCGACAUCCACGUAUGCGAGCAAUAACAUUAAGCCAUUCGACACCGCCAGUGAUUACAAGUCGACCUUAUCACGAUCAGCAUCACGAUCUACAUUGCAAUCGGCAGCAGCAGCAGCACGACAACAGCAACGAUGGCAUCAUAGUAGUAGCGGACGACGCGGUUCGGUGCCGGAUAAGAGCAGUGCUACCAGCGACGAAUCAUUAUCAUCAGAGGACGAGAUUGAACGCCAUUUUGAAAAGAUCCUUAAAGCAUUUUUCAGCUACCAAACAGCAUUCACAGAGAGCAUUGAGACGGCCCUUGCCAAGAUCACCGACAUGUUUUCGAGCAAUGUUCAAAUGUCACGGGAUGAACAUGUGCAAUCGAGUAUACGAGUGUAUGGCAACGUCACCCGAUUACGCUUUGAGCUACAGCAAGCCCAUGACAUGUUUGAUGAUACGGAUCAGCGUGUGGAGCAAGUAAUGAUGCAUUAUCGUGAGGAGCUUGAGCAAGUGGAGCAAAUCCAUCAAGCCGAUUGGGAUUUAUCCGAAUUGCAAUGUGACAAGGUUGAGAAGCUCUACGACGUGUUUGAACGCAUUGAUGGGAGGUUCAUGCAGCUUGAACUUGAACAAGAGGAGCUUAUUGGGCAAAUUGAGCUUAUGCGUAAAACGACUUUGCGAUAUUCCAAGAAUCCUUCAGCCGAAUGCGGAUCCGAUGAUGAAUUUACAGGCGCUAUGAACAACCUCCUUCAAUCACUUGUUAUUAUCGAUACCCUUGCUGUCGAUCCAGCAUUGUACGCACGCGAAGAUAUUGUACGAUUGACACAUGAUCUUGGAGACAUGGUUACCACUGCACUUGCCGAGCUUGAUAAAAAGAAAAAGGCGUCAUCAGCAACAACGGAUAUAAGUCAAAUGUACGAUUCCAUUGCGAGCAAGUGGGAAAAAGUACAACGAGCCUUGAGCAAACCACAAGGACAACAUGAUGACACCAAUACAGCCACCAGCAGCACUGUGGUCAGUAGUAGUAAUGGAUCUACAACGCUUGCACCUGGAUCAACCACUGCCACCACCACUCCCACAACCCCCACCACACCUAUACGUCCACGUCACUGGGAACAACAGAUGACUGUAGCCCGAUUGUAUUCACAUCGUAAAGCAGCACCUGGUGAUAGCACGCUCAACGAAUUGGAACUUUCCUUUGAGAUUUUACAUUCCAACCAGUAUGAAAUUCAAAAGGAUCUCGACAAGCUCAAUCAACAAGUGGCUCAAAUUGUUGCCAGUAAACGCAACAUGUACGACACGAUUAUCAAGCUUGAGAAUGAAUUAGCUGCAGCCUCAGCAGCCAAUCCACAGCGACCCGAAGCGGAUGUUCGUAAAGAGAUGGAUCAAGUACUACUAAAGACCCAGGCGUUAUUUGAUCAACACACCAAACUUGAAAGUGAUCGUGCACAGCUACGUACCGAAUUGGACAAAGUGGAGAAGCAAGUCAGCCAUGUUCGUAGUCAAUUACGCAAAACACGGCCCCCGUUGCUUUUGCAAGGAUUACUUGAACGUUUGGAAACAGAUAUGGGUCCCAUGGUGCGUAUUGAAAAGGAUUGGAAUGAGGAUCCCAGUUUGGUGGUGGAAGUAUUCGAUUCGGAUGAUGAUGAUACUGCAAGCAGCAGCAACAGUAGCAGUCAAAGCGAUCAUGCAGGAGGAGGAGGAGGGGCAUCGACAUCCUCGUAUGCACCACAAUGGCUUGAACGAUUUACGAGUCAAUUGGCAGUGCAAUGUCUGGUAGCACGUCUCGAUGCCAGUUUGUUUUGUCUCAAGGUGUUGGCCAAGAAUCAUAUUGGUCGCUCAAGGCAAAUCUUGAUGGAGGUUCAAGCAAGUCUUACACAAGCAAAUGCCCAAUUGGAGGAGACACGGAAUAUGAUGAGCGCACUUUAUGAUGAUGCUGCCGAGGUGGUUCAUCAAGUAUUCAAUCUCAAGAAUAUGCUUGAAACAAUUGUUCAACAUCGAAAGGAGGAAAUUGUCAAGGUGUGGGAGGUUGUUGAAGAAGUCUCUGGUGGUAUUGACAUGUCUGUGAUUGGCCCUGAACACGAGCAUCUUCCUCCUCCAUCCACUGCUGAUGAUGAAAACAACAACACCAGCAAUAGUAGUAGUGGUGGUGGUCAUGAUGACCAAGAUAGACAUCAAUGGCUCGUUCAUGAAUUGGAACAAUUGCAGACUGUGCAUGAAAACUUGCAGGAUGCUAUCGAGGAUUUACAGCGGGAUCAAGAAACCAUAGGCCAAAAUCUCAAUCGACUUGCAAAUGAUCUUAUUGAACCCCAAGUGGAUAAGCUGGUGGGUCAAGACAAUGCGUCUUUGUUAAGUGUAAGCGAUCGAUUGGCGGAAUUGCUCGAGAAGAUCUGUCAAGGAGAAUAUGGUUUGCUAUCCACAGCAAGUGUUCAACCUCCUCCACGCUCAAGCAAACGCUUCUCAGUUGCCACACAAAAUAGUUUACGAUCAUCGACAUCAAGACCACCAGCACGUGAACGUACCAGCAACACACGAUCAUCAGCUGCCAUGAGUGUUCGUAGCAAACGCAUGUCUGUGAUAUCCACCGCCAGCUUCACAUCCCUUUCUUCAUAUCAUCAAGAACGCAUGCUUGCACGUGUCUCUUCUUUAAGUAGUGCAUUUAGUCGAUCCCAACGGUCUGUAACAAAAACCUAA